AUGGCGACUCCCUCCAUUGACCUCCUCCUGAAUAUCCUCCCCGACCGGCCCUCCCAAAUCCUCACCACCCUCACCCAACACCCUACCCUCGCCACCGCCGCCGACGCCAACGGCUACACCCUCCUCCACGCCGCCGCAUCCUACGCACACAUCGACCUGCUCCGCGCUCUCGUCACCACGUACAACGCCUCACCUAACACGCGCGACUCCGACGGCGACACACCGCUCUUCUACGCCGAAACCGUGCCUGUCGCGCGCUGUCUGAUCGAAGAGCUCGGCGCCGACGCACACGCGCGCAACAGCGAGGGCGAAACCGUGCUCGAGCGUGCCGAGUCCGAGGAGUGGAUUCUCGUGGCGUCGUACCUGCGCGAGCGCACCGGCGUCUCGCAACCUGCUGCCGGCACGCAACAAGGCGCGAUCCAGAACGGUGCGGCGUCGGAUGCGUCUGGGUCGGAUAAUGUAGAUGCGCGGGCGAAUGGUGUGCGUGUCCCGCCGGCGCUGCCUGAGAAUGUCAAGAUUGACAUUGGCCAUGUGUCUGCGGAUGCGGAUGGGUUGGAGGCGCCGGAUCCGGAGUUCAGGAGGCGCAUUGAGGAGUUGGCUGCGAGAGAGGACUUUCAGGGUGAGGAGGGGCAGAGGCAGUUGAGGGAGCUGGUGACGGAUGCCGUGAGGGGCGUGGCGGCGGAACAGAACGAGGGGGAGAGAGCGAGUAGGAGGAGGGUCGAGUGA